AGCCGCUGCUGCUGCCAACCCCUCGGCAGCGUCGGCGGCGUUCGCGCUGUCGCUUUUUCUUGCCCGCCUCCUCCGAUCGCGCGUUGGCCGUAUUGAGCCGUUUUUUCUUUUUUUUCCUCGGUCGGCAAACGCACGCGCUCCUUUAGUGUAAGCCGGCCCUCGAAAGGCCGCCGCCGCCGCCGCCGCUGCUGCUCCCCGUCUCACAAUAUUUCUAAAUGUCCCGCUCGACGCACGUUUCUAGGUGACCGCCAUCGCCGGUUGCCGAGAUGUGCCCGCCGUGAUAAUCGCCUCCAUUCGGGGCCGCUGUGCCUGCCUGCCUGCCUGUGCGCGUGGCUUUGCCCGGCCGGCUUCUUCUCUGAAGCCGACCGCGUGUCUGCCGCCGUUCGGUGUUGUCCUACUGUCAAAAGAAAUGUCUUCUUCGGGAACCGUGCGCGUCGUGUUCGCGUGCUUGUGCGCGACGGCAGUCCUGCGCCUCGCCGAAAGUGCAGGAGACGGCGACGUCCGAAACAGGAUUAUUGCCACUCGCGCGCAACAAAGAGUGGCAGAAGACACAACAGCAGCAACAAGGGAACGGUGGCUUCAAGAGGCAACGGUGAACGACGUAGCGGAGUACCUCUUGUCGACUACCGAGGUGCGUAAUGUCGCGCUUACUUUCACUCAGGGAGCACGUGCGAGACCCCAGGUUUCGCUUUCGGUCCACGCGAGUGAGCUUCGGGACGCGAGUGGUGCCGACUACGACCUACGGGAGUACACCGGUGACUCUCGUCUUGUUUCGCCUAAGAACGGACGGUCCUCUGACAAGCGGGAGGCUCUACGGAGCGGCAGGCGGAGGAGGGCGUUGGACCUGGACGGCGAACCCGAAGCGGUGUGGAGCGACCCCGAAGGCGCGCUGACCAGGACGGCCGAGUGGUUCGUGCGCAAGCUGUGGAUGCCCAUUCAGGAACUGGCCGGCAACGGCGCGCUGUCUUCCAAGUGCGUCUCCGGUCUGCUCGCCGUCUACGGCGGCGUCCGUCGAGGACAGCUGUGGGCGCUCAAGUUUCUGGAUGCCACGGGCAAGUUCCCCAGUGGAGUUCUCACGUCGUCGUCUCCGUCCUCCGACCCGGGCUCGUACGCCGAGUGCCUGGACAUCGGGCACAACGACGCCAAGGGUCUGCCGCGCAGCGACCGGGCGCCCCCCGCCAUGGAAGGCCGAUACUGCAGCCUGCAGUGGGCUGUGAACUCGACUUCCUUGGCCACGAAAAUCGCGGAAAGCGAUGGCAGCCGGACGAACACCACUUCCUUCAAGAGGAUAUGGCAAGGCGUGUGCGUGCCUUCACACUGCUCUGGGGGAGAAGUGGAAGCGCUCAUUGCCAAAGUGCUCAACGGGUCCAAUACAUCAGUCACAGUGUCGGCGUGCCGCUCGCGGAACGACUUCAGCAUCACCCACGUGCAGCUGGCAGUAAUAUGCAUCUUCAUCGUCUGGAUCACGUUAAUCGCCAUGUCUACUUUGGUGCAUUUCUACUGGGACAGGAAGGAGUCGUCGGUCAAGAAGGUCGCUGAUUCUUGCCACCGGAAUUUGACGGUGGCCAUCUCGGCCGUGACGAGCAUCAAGCGUCUGCUGCUGGUCCGUGAAGAGAAGCACAUGUCCGCCGUGCAGCCCCUCAAGACGGUCAGCCUGCUCUGGAUCGUCCUCGGCAUGACGUACAGGGCCCGGUUACUGGAACACGGUGAGCACGAGGUGGACAAGCAAUGGCGGCACGGCGCCCUGUACGCGCUCGCCACCAGUUCAGACCUGGCGUACACCACGCUGCUCCUGCUCAGUGGAUACGCAGCGGCCAACACCGUCCUCGAGCUGCACAGGCUUAAAGUUGGCUUCUUCAGGAGACUGCUAGCCGUCCACUGCUUAAAGAGCAGGCUUACUGCGUCAGUUCUCUUCACCUUGGGUGUGUUCGUGCUCUACCCGCUGUUUGUGGACGGCCCAGCCGCCGACCGGGUGCUGCCGCGGCUCAGCGACGUCUGCCAGCGACGAUGGGGGUUCGUGGUCGUGCACCUCAACAACUUGCAGGGACAUGGCGAGGUGUGCUACAAUCCUCUGUGGUACGUAUCGUGCGAGAUGCAGAUAUUCGUCGCCCUCUCCGGAAUCGUCGUUCUCAUAAGAAGGUUCAAGAGAACAUCGUGCAUCCUUCUCGCUUUCAUCGGCAUCGCCGCACUUGCAGCAGUGUCUGCCGCAGUGGUCGUCAGAGGAUACCAGCCUCCCGUGGCCAUCCGCAGCAGGGAAUACGUGAGAACGCUCAGCGAAGUUGUGUACCUGCCAUUCCUACACGCUCCGGCAUUCAUCAUCGGCGUCCUCUUCAACAACUGGAUAACCAGGGUGUGCAGAGUGAGCAUUUCUAAGUGCGUACGUGGCGUCUUCUGGCUCCUCUCGGCCACCGCCUUGGUCUGGGGCGCCCUCUAUCCGUGCCUCUGGACAUCCUGGGUCCCCGUCUCGACGGCAGCGGCCUCGGUGCUGUUCAUCGUGGGCCUUCGGCUGGUCUGGUGCGUGGCCAUCGCCUACGUGCUGUGGGCCGCCACAACGUGGAAAUCCGGACUGGUCCGCGACGUUCUUGGCUGCCGCACCGUUGCUGCAUUGGGAAGGCUCUCGCUGGGCGCCUACCUCUGUUCCUGGAUGAUCGUCAUGCACGGCGUGCUCUCUGCACGCAACAAUCUUGAGAACGCUCAAGCCUUUCUUAUUCGGGACUUCGUGGCCAACACGGUUCUGAGCUAUGCAGGCGCGCUGCUCUUUUACGUGGUUUGCGACGGACCGGCGCAGUCGCUCUGCUCGCUGCUGCGCACUUUGGUGAUCGGCCGCGAGGCGGCACGGCGGAGGCAAUCGUUCGACGAAUGCGACCGCAAAGUGCGCUUCCUCUCGGAGCUGCUGGGCAUGGAGUCGCCGAGGACUGCCAAAGAAUUGCAGCAACCGCAGCAUGUGUCGCGGACGCUGCAGAGGUUCUCGUCGCUCAAGGACAUGGUUUUGCACUUGUGAACAGCUGUCGCGAGGCUUCAGACAUGUGGUGCCAACAGGCCUCGAGAGCGUGAACAAUGCCGGUGCUUCUGGACUUACUGUGAUGACCGUGCGUGCUUUCAAGGACCCAGGACCGGGCGUCCACACGAGCCUCAUCGAGCCAGUGUCGGUGUCUUAGCAAGAAAGUGACUAAAUUUAGCGAGUUUUUAGUCACCUUAGCGGCAACAUUGCCUUUGUGAAGUUUCAGUGAUUUUUCUGUGACCUUUUUGUAGCGCGAAUAUCCAUUAAAUUGUGCCUGACGUUUAUUUUAUGCGAA